UGAGAGCCGACGCCAUGCUAGAAGAAGCAGAAACGGUGAACCCUUGCAAACAUAGGUAAAACAUAGUGUCCAGUCUCCUGCAGCUACAUGAUAUGUUUGUGUUUAUAUUUGGCAGCACACGGAAGCCUUGCCAGUAAAGGUCGUAUGAACCUAAAAAGGGGAGGAGAGUACAAAAUAAGUAUUGAUGGGAGGGAGGAGUGACAGCAACAGCGCAGCAACGAGAAACAGCUCAGGAAGAAGACUAAAGAAAAGCGCCUGCUUGGCACCGUGUAUGGGAUUCAUUUUCCACUGUCAAGUCGUUUGUUUUCACCGUCAUUUUUUUAGUUGGGACUGAGAGGAAACAAGCAGCCAGAGAGUUUCCCAUAGAGACCCGGGGAGUGGACUGGGAAGUGUGACCUCCUUUUACUCCGUGCCCAGAGAAGUUUCAUCCAGCUCCUCGCCAUGUCUGCUCCUGGUUACCCAGGCCCUUACCACCAAACGCCCUACCCCAUGCCUCAGCCCGGCGGCCACUCCGUAGCUCCUUAUCCAGUCCCUGCGGGAGGGUAUGGAGACCCCAGUCAAGCCCCUCCACCAGGCUUCAACAUGGGCUACAAUCCAGGCCAACCUCCUGUUGUGUAUCAGCCCGGUCCCGUUGGCCCAGGCUCAGUUCCAGGGCCGGAGUAUGGUGCCCCUCAAGGAGGGAUCUCCCCGGCCCCGGCUCCAGCUGCGGUUGCUGUUGGGGUCCCACCGGGACUUGAGUACCUCACACAGAUUGACCAGAUCCUCAUUCAUCAGAAAGUGGAACUCCUAGAAGCAUUCAUCGGGUUCGAGACCAAUAACCAGUACGAGAUAAAGAACAGCCUGGGCCAAAAGAUCUACAAGGCCAAAGAGAAGAAUGACUGCUGCACCAGGAACUGCUGCGGCUCGCUGCGCAGCUUCGACAUGAAGAUCAAGGACAACAUGGACCGGGAGGUCAUCCGUCUCAUACGGCCUUUCCGCUGCGUCUCUUGCUGGUGUCCCUGCUGCCUGCAAGAGAUGGAGGUCCAGGCACCGCCGGGCACCACCAUUGGCUAUGUCAAACAGGACUGGCACCCUUUCGUGCCGAGGUUUUCCAUCCAGGGAGCCAACAAGGAGACCCUGAUGAAACUGGAGGGGCCCUGCUUUGCCUGCAACUGCUGUGGGGACGUCAACUUUGAGCUGAAAGGCAAAGAUGGUGACAAGCCCAUUGGUCGCAUCAGCAAGCAGUGGAGCGGCCUCUUGAAGGAAGUCUUCACAGACACCGACAACUUCGGCAUCCAGUUCCCGCUGGACAUGGAUGUGAAAAUGAAAGCUGUGCUCAUGGGAGCCUGUUUCCUCAUUGAUUUCAUGUUCUUCGAGAAGGUCGGGGAGGCCAACCAGCGCAGCACUGUGUUUUCAUAACAGAGGAAGCAAGGAGGGGAAAACAACAGCAUGAGAGCUAGUGCCAGUUAUGUAUUCUCUGUUCGUGUACUUUAUAUUUCCAUUUGUUUUGUUUUUUUAUCCUUCCUUUACCAAAUUCCAGCCAAAGUGGUGCCAAUUCCUGGAUCCUUUUAUACACACAGACUAAAAUGAGCAAACAGAAACCAGCCACGGAUUAUUUUUGAAAUCUAUCCAAGCUCAGAGACUGAUACUGGCUGCUACUCUGCCAGCCUUCUUUACACUCCACACCGUACCUCAGACUGAGAUUUAAUCCCUGCUAAAGAAUGUCACCCUUACCCUUUGUGUCUUUCUCAGUACCCACACACAGAAAUAAGAGCAGAUAUCAACAUGUGUUUGAAUGCUUUAUGCUACACUGGCAAUAACAUUUCAUAUUUAUAUAUUUUUAUCUGCUAUUACAUCACAUUAUGAGGAAAUCACAAUUGGUUUAGCACAAGUGCAAUACUUUCUUUUAGCCAUGCAUGCUAGCAGUUAGCAGAUGCAUGCAAACAAGCUAAACUAACAUGAUAAGCAUUAUUGCUUCUGAUCACCUGCAUGCUAGCAUUGUCACUGUGAGCAUUCGGACAUUAGCACUUAGCUGACAACACUGAUGUGCCUUCUUUUAUGCAAGGUUAUGUGCAUGAUUAUUUAUAGCUGGGAGCAGUUAAUUAAAUAAACCAGGUAUAACAUGUUAACGAAUGAGCUUAGAGGUGCUGGUAGAUUGUGUAAACUUAAAAAAGAGCCUGGCUAGCUGUUUAUAUGCUAUGCUAAGAUAAGCUAACCGCCUGCUGGCUGCAGCUUUGUGUUUAUCCUACAGGCAGAGUGGUUUCAGUACUUUGUGUUUAGUGCUGUUCAGCAAAUGUUAGCAUACAAACAGAUAAAGAUGGUAAACAGUAAAACCUGCUGAACAUAUAUGCGUGCAAGUCAUUGUUAGCAUACUGACAUUAGCACUUAGCUCAACGCACUGUUGUGUCUGAGUGUGGCUGUUGUGACUUUCAACCUUGCAAACUGAAAGCUUCAUAUAAAACCACAGUGAACAGGCUGUCGUCGUUAAGCUUAUAUAAGGAAGUGUUGGUUGUGUCAGUGAAAGAAGUGGGAGCUACCUCUCAGCUGCCUUUCUUCUCCUCGAAGCCCUCUGUCUUAAACUCCAGUGUACAUAACCUAACAAAACUGUAGCAUAGGCUACAGUGUAAAUGCUCUCAUGCUCCCUCUGUGGUCUUACAGUUGCCGUGGAGACUGACGCCACCGCCAAACCUCGCCCUCCCAUUUCUCCAGAUACCACUGCCUUGAACAUGUGCCAGUGUAAUGACAGAGGAGGGAGAUCAUGUAGGUUAAAAGUAAGAAUAAUACGAGUAAAGGAGGAAUAGAAAGAACAUAAAAAGCAGAAGUUGAGGUCAGUGAACGUUAAAGUGAAUGUUUGUCUGACCUCGCAGUGGUCGGAAAAGCUGACCAGUGGCGGGUUCAAGGAAACAAUUUGAGUUUCUGUAGUUUGUAACCGAAAGAAACCUGAAUGUGAAGUGUUGUCCGUUUGUAUCUUAUUUAAUCGCUGUGCUGUCGAUUGAUUUAAAGAAACGGCAAGUUACUGUUCACAAAUGUUGCUUGUUGUUGAACGCAACUCUCUGCACUGUAUUUGAUUAUCAUUCUCAUUCUCACUGUUCACAUGACUUAACAUGGGUGUGCCUCCUGUGAGGCUUGGUUGCCACUAGUGCUCUCAAAUGCAACUCUCUCUUACACUGUCAGUAACUAAUAUCUAUGUGUCUAUCAGCUUCUGUGCACCUCUGAUAAGAGACAGUAGCCAAAGCAUGUACAGUACAUUUAUUGCAAUUAUAUGUUCAUUGUGUAAGUUUAAUGUUCUCAAAAUGCUUUUUUUUUUAACAAUCAGUAGUAUCUGCAGCAGGCAGGAUCUGUGUAAUCAGUUUCCUGUGUUUCUAUCAAACUAUUUUGUACCCACUGUUGUUUGCCUUGUGAUUGUGAAUCACGUUUUUUACAGAAACAAAUACCCUGUAGUUCAGAAAUAAAACAAAUGCCACACAAA